AUGCAGUUAUUCCUUCUUGGGACUCUCUCCCUUCUCUUUCAAGCCAGCCACGGCUCUUCAUCUCGCCACCAGCGCCGUGAUGACAAGCCAUCUAUGCCUAUCGCCCCGGGAACCAUACAGAGCUGUGCUUCUUGGUAUGACAACGACGGGUCACUUCCGUGUGAGCUGAUCCCUUAUGCAUGGAAUCUGUCUUUGGAAGACCUGAUUAGAUGGAACCCCUCCAUCACUGCAGAAUGCGGGAACUUCAAGGAAGGAUUUUCCUAUUGCAUUCAAGAGAAAGAAGUACCCGUCCCUAUCAGCAGCACCACGACCAAGUUCACCACGGCUCCUCCGUCCUCUACCACUCCCGUUUCUUCGAAGACAACACCCGCGAAGCCAUCUACAACUGCCGUAGGUGGCAACGGCGUCGAGACGCCAGACCCAAUACAGCCUGGCAUGGUAUCGAACUGUAACAAGUUCUACUUUGUUGAGCAAGGUGACAACUGUAAUGCAGUUUCCUCCAAGCACGGAAUAACCCUAGCCCAGUUCACGACUUGGAACCCCAAGCUAGGCACGGGCUGCUCGGGACUAUGGGCUGAUUCUACUAAACCUACCAACGGGAUCGAAACACCAUCACCUAUCCAGGCCGGCAUGACUAAGAGCUGCAACAAGUUCCAUCUUAUCAAAUCCACUACAACCUGCAACUCUAUAGAGAAUUACUAUAAGCUUCCUCUCAAGGACUUUUAUUCUUGGAAUCCCGCGGUCGGCACCAACUGUCAGUCUUUGCUCGUCGACUAUUGGGUUUGUGUCAGUGUAGUUGGCUGGACAGCCCCAACUCCUACAACACCCAGUAACGGAAUCACCACGCCCACGCCUAUCCAGACUGGCAUGGCCAAGAACUGCAACAAGUUUCACACAAUCAAGUCAACAACCACGUGUGCCUCGAUUCAGGACUAUUACAAAAUCUCAUUCGCGGACUUUUAUGCAUGGAAUCCCGCCAUAGGCUCAAAGUGUACAUCCCUCUUGGUGGGCUACAACGUCUGUGUAGGUAUCGUCGGCCAGCAGCCCUCACCAACAAGUACAGGCAAUGGAAUAACCACUCCCACGCCGAUACAAGCCGGUAUGACCAAGAGCUGCAACAAAUUUCAUACCAUCAAAUCAACAACGACGUGUGCUUCGAUACAGGAUUACUAUAAGAUAUCCUUCGCCGACUUCUAUGCAUGGAAUCCAGCUAUAGGUUCCAAAUGCACCGCUUUAUGGGUUGAUUAUAAUGUUUGCGUGGGUGUAGUUGGACAAAAGCCUACUCCUACCCAGCCAAGCAACGGUGUCACCACUCCUUCACCUAUCCAGAGCGGUAUCACCAAGAAUUGUAAGAAGUUUCAUCAGGUGAAAUCAACCACGACUUGCUCGUCGAUUCAGAAUUACUAUAAGAUCACGAUGGCCAAUCUCUUUAAGUGGAAUCCUGCUAUUGGUUCGACUUGUAAGAGCUUGUGGGUGGACUAUUGGGUGUGCGUGCAGGCCUAG